CCUCCCUGCCGCGCCCUCUUCCCUCUACUCGCUCCCGCAGGGCCUGGGCGGCCAUGGCGCUCGGGCUCGCGGCUCUGCGCGUCCUGCUGGGCGGCUUCUUCGCACUAACGGGGGCAGCCAAGCUUUCGGAGCAGAUCUCGGCUCCGGUGUCCCAGCAGAUGAAAGCCCUGUUUGUGCAGUUCGCUGAGGUAUUCCCGUUGAAGGUGUUCGGCUACCAGCUGGAUCCCAUGAGCUACCAAGAGGCUGUGGGCUGGCUCGAACUGCUGGCUGGGCUGCUGCUGGUCCUGGGCCCACCGAUGCUGCAAGAGAUCAGUAACUUGCUUUUGACCGUGCUCAUGAUGGGGGCUAUCUUCACUUUGGCAUCUCUGAAAGAGUCACCGAACACCUACAUCCCACCUAUCAUCUGCCUGGGGCUCCUGCUGCUGCUGGAUAUCUGCCAGCUCUGAGUCCAAACUAAGAAGGUGAUCAGACCCACCAGGAAGAAGACUCUUCCGAGUGCAUCCAAGGGAUCCUGGGAGUCCAGGGCCUCUUGCCUCUUCAUGCCGUGUCACUGUCAGGGCAGGAACAUGGUGAAAAACACAGUCUACUGCCUUGUUACCAGUACAUCGGGGUUGGCCGGUGUUGAAGUAGACAUCUUAUCUACCUGACCCUGCUUUCUGUCUUGGACAUUUACUGCUCUUUUUUAAAGGAUACAUGUU